CCCAUACAUUUUAGGAGUACGGUUUUUGUAUGGGCUUUGUCAGUCCAGUAUUAAAUCGCUCUUGCUUCAAAUUAUUCUAAAUAAUUAAUUAACCUAGCUGAUUGUCUAUUAUAUUGUGUGGUAUUCAGAAAUCUUGGAAUGCCGAAAUAUUAUCUCGCAUCCUUGGUUUUUCCUUCCCAGCCACAGCCAGUUUAUUUGCCUAUAUACAGGGUGUCCCAGAAGUACCAUGCCACCGUGACACCGGUCAGCGGAAGUAGGGCAGCUCAAGAGAAACCUAACCAGCCUAACAUGACCUCACUAACGGCAAGAAGGAGCGAGGACACGUCAAUCUCGUUCACAAUGGGGAAGUUGAGGAUAGCCAAAGGUGAAGAGACAAGUGAACUACGUAAAAAUAUACAGUGUGGAAAAAUCGAAUGCCACAUGGAUGGCAACUACCUUAAAUAUUGUAAAUAGCACAUUUUGUGUAAGGGAGACUUUCCUUUGUUUUUAAAAACAAUAAAUUAUG